AUGCGGGUACAUCUUGGGUGUCUCGUUGCGCUGGCCGUCUGCAGCUACGGCGCCGACGACGUUAUCCGCGUCAAGACGCUCGAGCCGCAGGCCAACGACGGCGGCUUCCAGAGCCACAAGAUCACGAGCGCGCUCGGGGGCGACGGCUUCAAAAGCGAGUACCGCUGGUUCAACUCCAACAUUGGCCUGCGCACCAAGCACGUGAGCGUCGGCGAGCUCGCGCGCACCUUUUACGACGGCGUGGUUGGCACCACUAAGAAGCUCAAGUCGUAUCUCGCUUCGGCUGUGCGCACCAUGCAGCAGUCGCCAGCUCUUCCGACCGUCAACAGUACUUUGGCGGGACCGCUGCUGGAUCCGCGCGCCGCCUUUCUCACGAUUGCCGAGUUUGUCCGCGCGUACAACAUCUCGACAGAGCGCGUAAAUGCUACCAAGGUGGCGUCCGUGCCGACGCUGCGUGCCUACACCUACACGGGCGUCACGUACAUCAACGUCUCGGGCUCGAUCGCGAGCCAGUAUGCGCCGUAUCCGUCGUAUACACCGAGCUACUACGCACCGUCGCUACCCAACGGUAUUUUGCCGACGACCACGUACCCUUGGCCAUGGGGCGGCGCGAUCACGCAGCUCAACGCGCUCGUCAAGCUUGCUGCGUCCUCCAAUGCAACCGCAACCAGUGGCUCAAACGAAACACUGACCGCGAUGCGCGCGAUUUGGGCGUCGUUCUACAUCGUGUCGGGGAUCCCCGUACCACCGAUCGUACCACCGCGCACGUCGCUGGCGGUCGGCGAUACAUCGCAAGGGCUGGCCUUUUACGCAUAUCCGGCGCCCGCGGCCGGCUUUGGUCGGUCGGGCGUCACGUUCUUUGCGCCGUCGCUCUUGAACCGCAGCCUCUUGGCGAUCGACCAGCUCCGAUUAGCCUUCGACGAUGCGCUGGACGCAGACGUCGCCGGAUUGCUUCACGGGAUCGAGUCGCCGUCGAGCACGUGGUACUCGGCGUACGACCGGGAGACCGACGAGCUGGCCGACUUGUGUCUCGGCAGUCUCGUCGCAGCGACAUCGCGCGACGCCCCGCGCCUCUUCAACCUCCUCGUCGAGAACAACGUGCAGCAGCCGAGCUGUUUGUGGCAAGCCAACGCCUACUACUUCCGCGUCAAGGCCCGCGCGCCCCGCCGCAGUGUUUUCACAGAGGUGGGGUCCCUCGCUGCGUACGUCGGUGCGCGGGCGAUGAACGUGACGCGGCUCAAGGCGGCGCUGCGGGCUGACCGCGCGUCGGCGGUCGAGACUGCAGUACAGCGUGCCAAUGCGACGAAUAUGCCGCCGCUAGCGAGCAUGGGCGGCGGCGUCGUGCUCUUCGCAGCCAACGACGAUGGCGUCGUGUUGCAGGUGAUCAAGGAACCCGAGCCGAUGCACUUGGUGCUUCGCGCCGUCAUUCGACUCGGCGAAAGCAUGUUUUUGUCGGCCAAAGACAUGGACGUCCUCGUGGCAUGCGUCGCGCUGCAGCUGCUUGGCCACUCGUGUAGCCGCUGUGUAUAA